AACAGGGUUUAAAAAUACGUAAACAACGUAGUACUGGUGAUCUUGAAAAAAAAGGUACUGGUGGUAGUAUAAGAAGUAAUGCAAGUUCAGCAUCAUGGAUGUCAACUGAAAGUUCACAAAGUCAAGCAUCAGCAUCUGUUCAUACUGAUAGUAAUGCAUCAUUUGUCAUUGAGGAUGAACAAAUGGAUGCAGCAGUUACAGAAACAUAUCUUGGUGAAUGGAAAAAUGAUAAACGUACUGGUUUUGGUAUAUCAGAACGUAGUGAUGGUUUACGUUAUGAAGGUGAAUGGUUUAAUAAUCGUAAAUAUGGUUAUGGUGUUACAACAUUUCGUGAUGGUAGUAAAGAAGAAGGAAAAUAUAAAAAUAAUGUAUUAAUAACAAGUCAAAAAAAAAAACAUAUAUUUUUAAUAAGAUCAGCUAAAUUUCGUGAUAGAAUUGAAAAUGCUGUUAGUGCUGGUAAUAGAUCAAGUAAAAUGGCAUUACAAAAAGCUGAUAUUGCAAUAUCACGUACAGCAACAGCACGUGGUAAAGCUGAACUUGCUGAUAUUGCUGCUGAUCAUGCUAGACAAGAUUCUGAUUUAGCACAAGCAACAGCACGUCAAUUUGCACCUGAUUUUCGUCAACCUGGCUUAGAAAGAUUAAGAAAUCGUGAUAUACCAAAAUAUGUACCACCAUCACAAGAUGCUCUACCAGGUAAAAGUAUACUACAAAAAUCAAAUAACAAUAAUAAUAUUAGUAAUAAUAACAAUACAACAAUAGCAGCAACAACAACAACAACAUCAACAACAAUAAAUAAUGAACAAAAUUUAACAAAUCAAUUAAAAUCAAAUACUGAUAUUAUUGGUGGUGUUGGAGGUGGUUUAAUUGGUACAAAUACAACACCACAAUCAAUUAGUCAAAGUGUUAAUCAAUCAAUAAGACGUGCUAGUAUGAAAUCACCUCAAAAUCAAUUUAUUAAUCAAAUAACAAGUGGUACAACAACAAAUGUUACUGGUAAUGGACAAAAUAAUUAUCAAUUACAAAAUAAUUUACAGUCAAAUCAGUAUGGUGUUUAUAGUGGUGGUGGUGGUGGUGCUAGUGUUACUGAACAAUUUAUUGGUGGUAUUAUUGGUGGUGCUAAUUCUUCAAAUAAUAAUAAUAAUAAUAUUAAUAAUAGUAAUAAUAAUAAUACAAGUGUUAGUGGUGGUGGUUUAACGGGUACAAAUGUUUAUCAUGGCCAAAAUAUUGAUAGUGCUAAUUACAGUGGUUAUUCAAAUCAGGGAAUUUCACAAGGAUAUAAUCAGUAUCAACAGUCUUAUACUAAUAUUCAACAACAGCCUCAAUCUCAAAAUAUGUAUGAUCCUAUUUUGUCUUCCAACAAUCAAUAUUCAACAAAUACUUAUAGUGGACAAUCAUCAACUAUACCAAAUCAGUAUGAUUCUGGGCAAAAUAUGUAUGGUGCCCAGAUGUAUCAACAGCAGCAACAGCAACAGCAUCAUCAACAGCAACAACAACAGCAGCAACAACAACAACAACAGCAACAAUAUACUGAUGUUUAUUCUCAAUCUGAAGCCCAAAGACAUCCAAGUGUUUGUAUACGAAGAAAUAGUCGCAUUUUAGGUCAACAAGAUAGACCACCUGGCAUUGGACAAACUCUAAAUGACAGAUUGGAUCAUUAUAAAAGGCCACCAAGUCGUGAUAGUUCAGUAGAUAGAUAUAGAGUACCAGGACGUUUAAUUGGAUCAAGACAGCCGUCCAUUGAUAAAAGUUCACAAGAUGCUGUUGACAGAGCUGGAAGAGGUGCAAGUCUAAUGAGAUCAGGAACACCUCUUAAUGGUUCAGCAAUUGGUAGUGGUGCAGCAACACCAGUAUAUGUACCUCCAACAUCAAGUCAAUUUGAGGGUGCAUUGAGAAAUCGUGGUGUAGGACAGGAAAUUAAUCAAAGUGCAAUACAACCAAAAAGAACUGAAAGUCUAUAUGUUGCUCCAGUACGUGGUCCAAGUGGUGGAACUAGUGGUGGUGGUGCUGGUGGUGGUAGUGGUGGUGGUGGUGGUAUCAAAGACACAAGCAGGACGGUCCCCGCCGACUGCGAUGCAACGAAGCAGGGAAAGACACAACUUUGUGAGCAUUUACAAAAUUAAAAAAAAAAAAUGACAAAUUAAUUAAACCGCGUUUAUAAAAAUUUGGAUAAUUGUAUUAAUCUUCGUGUGAUGAUUGAAAUUUAAAUUUAAUUCAAAUUUAAACAAAAAUUAAAAAACAGCCAGGAAA